ACAACAGACGUCAACCAACCAACCAACCACACUAGACAGCAAAACCCCAUCCGUUUCCGUUCCUUUUCCGUUAUAACGUCGCCGUCAUCUUCCCUAAAACACUCUUCUUCUUCACUCCCAAACAACUUCACUUUACACAUUCAAAUCGCCAUUUCAAUCCACUUUCUGCUAAUUUCAACCGCCAAAACGAUCGAUUUGAUCGAUUACACAUGUCGCUUGCAGGAUUACAAGAUCAUUUGAAGUUAGCGAGAGAAUAUGCGGUUGAAGGACUGUAUGAUACCUCCGUGAUCUUCUUCGAUGGCGCAAUCGCUCAAAUUAAUAAGUACUUGAGCACCCUUGAUGAUCCACUAGUUCGUUCAAAGUGGAUGAACGUAAAGAAAGCUCUCUCAGAGGAAACAGAAGUUGUAAAGCAAUUAGACACCGAAAAGCGGUCUUUUAAAGAUGGUUCAAUGGGCAGAAGACCGUCUUCACCUCCUAUAUCAACCAACAAAUCAUCAUUUGUUUUCGAACCGUUGGAUGAAUACCCAACUUCGUCUGGCGCUCCAUUCGACGAUCCAGAUGUGUGGAGACCCCCAAGCCGAGAUAAUUCAACUAGAAGAUCUGCAAGAGUUGGAGUAGGGGGUUCAAAGAAGUCACCACAAGAUGGAGCUUGGGCUCGCGGUUCUACUACUAGAGGUGGAGCCACGGCCCGUGGAGGAAAAGCCGGUGGUUCUAGUAGGGUUAACACUGGGGCCCGAGCGUCAACGAAUGGGAAAAAAGGCACUAGUUCGGGGAAAACGAACUCUUCCAAGGAUGAUUCAGGGAACGGAGGUUCUGAAGAACACACAUCAAAACGUGGGGAGUACGACGGGCCCGAUCAUGACUUGGCUGCAAUGCUUGAAAGAGAUGUCUUAGAAAACACUCCUGGAGUAAGAUUUGAUGAUGUGGCAGGGCUGACUGAAGCAAAAAGACUUUUAGAAGAAGCUGUGGUUCUACCUUUGUUGAUGCCUGAAUACUUCCAGGGAAUUAGGAGACCAUGGAAAGGUGUUCUUAUGUUUGGUCCACCUGGUACCGGGAAAACAUUACUGGCUAAAGCUGUUGCCACAGAGUGUGGGACCACCUUUUUCAAUGUUUCUUCUGCCACCUUGGCUUCCAAAUGGCGCGGAGAAAGUGAACGCAUGGUUCGAUGCUUGUUUGACCUGGCCCGCGCUUAUGCUCCAAGCACAAUAUUCAUUGAUGAGAUUGAUUCUCUUUGCACUUCUCGUGGAGCUUCAGGGGAACACGAGUCUUCAAGAAGGGUUAAAUCCGAACUUCUAGUUCAGGUUGAUGGUGCAAACAGCUCGGGGACUAAUGAAGACGGUAGCCGUAAAAUAGUGAUGGUUUUAGCGGCCACAAAUUUUCCGUGGGAUAUAGAUGAAGCCCUAAGGCGGCGUUUGGAAAAACGUAUAUAUAUUCCUCUGCCAAAUUUCGAGAGCAGAAUGGAGCUUAUAAAGAUCAAUCUGAAGACUGUUGAGGUAGCUCCUGACGUGGACAUCAGUGUUGUAGCACGCCGAACAGAAGGAUACAGUGGUGAUGAUUUAACAAAUGUAUGCCGUGAUGCAUCGUUAAACGGCAUGCGUCGUAAAAUAGCAGGAAAAACACGUGAAGAAAUUAAAAACAUACCUAAAGAUGAAAUUGCAAAAGACCCAAUCGCCAUGUGUGACUUUGAAGAAGCCAUCAAAAGAGUCCAACCCAGUGUUUCUGCCGCCGAUAUUGAACGUCAUGAAAAAUGGUUUCAAGAAUUUGGAUCCGCAUAGGAAUUACGGUAAAUGGGGAUGCCAGUUGUGUUUGUUUUAUUUAACCAUGAGAACCCGUAAAAAAAACUUAUUGUACUUCACAAAUACCCUGCUAACCAAUGUGAUCAGUUUACGCUGAGAACAGGGGAGGAGCUUAGAGGAGGCCGGACCGGGCCUCGGCCCGUGCGGUUUUUUCGCCUAGUAGUGUUAAAUUUCAGGUUUUCGAGAAUUUUUUUAAAUGUGUAUUGGUUUGGCCCAGGCUCAUUUUAUCUUUCAAAAAACCUCGGCCCAUGCUGAGUUUUAGGUCAAGAUCCGCCACUGGCUGAGAAGGUGGCCUUCAAAUUCUUAGGCAAGAAAAGAGUUGUGUGUUAUGUUAAUUUGUGUUUGUUUUGGAAUCUUGGACUGCUAUAAUGUAAUGAUUCUUGUGAAAUUAAUUAAUCACAAAAGUUAAAGAUCA